AUCGGAGCUGCUGCAGCUUCACAGACGCUCACAGGAAGACACACACAGACAGUCAGGAUGGAGGUGAAGCUGCUGUUUCUGACUGUUGUUCUGCUCUCCUCACCGCUCCUCACACUAUGUGACCCGCUGUUUGUUCUGUCGGCUCCUAAUCUGCUGAGGGUGGGUUCCUCAGAGAACCUGUUUUUGGAUGCUCAGGAUUACUCUGGACGAGACCUCGAUGUGACGAUCAUAGUAAAGAAUCAUCCAAAGAAGAGCCGGGAGAUACUGUCUAAAUCAGUGACACUGACCGCAGACAACAAUUUCCAGAUCCUUACAGAUAUAAAGAUUCCUGAUGAUCAGAUCUUGUUCUCUGACGAUCCUCUGGAGAAGCAGUAUGUGUAUCUACAAGCUCAGUUUCCAUCCGUCACUCUGGAGAAAGUGGUCCUGCUCUCAUUCCAGUCUGGAUAUAUAUUUGUCCAAACAGACAAGCCCAUCUACACACCUGCUAGCAAAGUUCAGUACAGGAUUUUCUCUCUGACGCCCAACAUGACACCACGCAGUGAGUCUGGAAUCACAGUGAAAAUCAUGAAUCCACAAGGCAUCACAGUUUCAUCAGAGAAGAUGUUUCCAGUCAGAGGGAUGAAGUCUGGAGGAUACAGCAUUCCUCAGAUGGCCAGCUCUGGGAUCUGGAAGGUGGUCACACUGUUCUCAAACACUCCUCAGGAGACGUUUACUGCAGACUUUGAGGUCAAAGAAUAUGUGCUUCCAACAUGUGAAGUGAAAUUAAAGCCCAGUAAGUCCUUCUUCUAUGUGGGUGAUGAGAGUCUGACAGUCGACAUUGAUGCCAAGUACCUGUUUGGACAGAAGGUGGAUGGAAAUGCGUUUGUGGUGUUUGGUGUGAUGGAAGAUGAGAAGAAAACAAGUAUUCCUGCAUCUCUGCAAAAAGUUCAGAUUGUGAAAGGAGAGGGUACUGCAGAACUGACCAAUCAGAUGAUCACUGACACCUUUCCAAACAUUAACCAGCUGGUUGGACGAUCAAUCUAUGUUUCAGUCAGUCUAUUAACAGAAAGUGGCAGUGAAAUGGUGGAAGCAGAAAGGAGAGGCAUUCAGAUCGUGACGUCACCGUACACCAUCCACUUCAAAAGAACACCACACUUCUUCAAACCUGGGAUGCCCUUCGACGUCUUGAUCUAUGUAACAAAUCCUGACCAAACACCUGCUGAAAAUGUGGAAGUGGAGGUCAAUCCUGGAGGGGUCAGAGGUCGAACAAGAGACAACGGCAUUGCGAAGGUUACCGUCAACACUCCGAGAGGAUCUUCAACACUGGACAUCACUGCAAAGACCAAAGAUCCACAAUUAAGAGACGGACAGCAGGCAGUGAGGAAGAUGACGGCUCAGGCCUAUGAGACCAAAGGCGGCUCCAACAACUACCUGUACAUCGGCAUUGAUGCUGCUGUGCUUCAGAUCGGUGAGCCAAUGAGAGUCUAUCUGGGCACGGGACAAAGUCCAGGAGUCAAAGAUCAAGACUUCACAUACAUGAUCUUGAGUAAAGGUCAGAUUGUAAAAGCAGACAGGUUUAAGCGAAGAGGAGAAUCACUAGUGAUUCUGCCUGUGACUGUAACCAAAGACAUGGUGCCGUCCUUCCGCUUUGUGGCUUAUUACCAUGUGGGCUCGUCUGAGGUGGUGUCUGAUUCAGUCUGGGUCGAUGUGAAGGACACGUGCAUGGGAACGCUCCAGAUUGAUGUGAAGGAGAAGAUGAAUAUCUAUGGCACAGGAGAAGAGGUCAAGCUGCAGAUAACUGGAGAUCCUGGAGCUAAAGUUGGUCUGGUGGUGGUUGACAAAGCUGUGAACAAGAACAGACUCACUCAGACAAAGAUCUGGGACGUCAUAGAGAAGCAUGACACCGGCUGUACAGCAGGAGGUGGGAGGGACAGUAUGGGGGUUUUCACUGAUGCAGGUCUGAUGUUUGAGUCCAGCACUGCAGGAGGAACCAACACCAGAACAACGGCUGAUUGUCCCUUCCUUUCAAAGAGAAGACGGCGAUCAGGUGAGAAACAGUAAUUCUGAUUCAACCCUUUUAAAUGCUUAAUGUG